ACCAUUUCUGCAUGCUCAUAUAGUCGAUUUUUCUCAACCCUAAUUUCAACAAAAAAAAAUACCAGAUCUCUCUGAAUCUGUCUAAAGUAGGGUUUCGAAUCGUGAUGGACGACGGCCUCAUCUGCGAUGACGAUGACUUCGGUUACGAUCCAGAUAUUUACUGCCUUGACACCUCGCUGCAAGCGUCCGAUUCGUAUCAUGUGGACAUCAAUCCAGAAGUUAUCUGCAAUGGAAUGAGCUGCAUUAGCAAUUAACAUCCUAUCUUUAGCACACCCUGAUGGAUGGCUGUAACUUUAGAAGCCGGGGGGCCCUGUGCCAAAAACAAAAACAUUGAUCGGCAUCCGUUGCAUUGUUUGCUCUUUGUGCAGAUGAUGCUGCUUAGGAAAAAGAGGUGGUACCAGCUUUUGCUGAACUUGGCUUUAUAUGCACAUGGACCGGCGAUAAUAAGAUGGGAUUUUCGAUCGAUCCAAAACUAGGGCCGCUUGAGGACACGAGUGUCUUCUUCAGGGCUGUGAAUGCUUUAAAUGCUUUUGCAUCUGGUUUUCCUGCACAUUGGGCACUGAAACCACUGUCGGGCGAUAUGGAGUUCGAUUCCUACGUGCUGACACCCACGGGUGGGAUGACUGAGGAACAAUUCGUUGAACGGUACACCAUUUUUAAAGGCCUAUAUCAACAUCAUCCUGAGCUUCAGGCGUUGCCCUGUUUUAUUAGGUUUUAUGAUGAACCUGAUAUUUAUCUUGUGGCAAGUAAACUAUUAAUUUUUCUAUUGGGAGAUUCUUGGGGGAAUUCAUUAAUUGCGGUGGUGAUUUUGAAAGCCUGGCCAAGGAGUUGUUGGAAGAGCAUGAAAGACUAAAGGAUCGCCCACUUCCAUAUGAUGAUACGAUGGAGACUGGCAAAGCACCAAGUGGUGAACUGGGCACAUGUAAUCUCAGCACCUGAUGAACUCCACUUUUAUAAAUCUAUGUUCAGGAUCUUUUUUACAUUUCCAGUUGUAGCAUUUUGGAUUGAAAACAUUUUAGUUUAUCUUUAUCCUUCCAGACCGUCUUUUAAACUAUUAAGUUUCAGUUUCUUAUUGCUGUCUUCUGAAU